UCAGUACGCCCAUUGGCCUCGAAAAGCUUUUCUGAAGCCAUUACUUUAAAGUCUUAUAGAGCUCUGUUCUUAGAAAACACGAGAGCCGUGAAUUAGUUUUCUCCGGCCCCCACAACGAAAGUGGUCUCGUCCACAUAAAUACUCUAGCGAGCGCUUCCGGUACGCAAGCCCACUUGGAAUCACAUGGUGGCUCUUGGCUUAGGGCUCAUAGGUGUUCUCCAGGGGUGACUGGAUUCUCUUGGUGCUGGAACUCACAGUAGACCUAGAAGAUGUUAGGCUCCAAGAACGUGCCCUGGCGCCGGCUACAGGGCAUUUCCUUCGGGAUGUAUUCGGCUGAAGAGCUCAAGAAAUUAAGUGUGAAAUCCAUUACAAAUCCUCGCUAUGUGGACAGCCUGGGGAACCCCUCGGCCAAUGGCCUGUACGAUUUAGCCUUGGGCCCUGCAGAUUCCAAAGAAGUGUGUGCCACCUGCGUGCAGGACUUCAACAACUGCUCUGGGCACCUGGGCCACAUUGAGCUGCCCCUCACCGUGUACAACCCGCUCCUCUUUGAUAAACUCUACCUGCUGCUCCGGGGCUCUUGUUUAAACUGCCACAUGCUGACUUGUCCCCGGGCCGUGAUCCACCUCUUGUUCUGCCAGCUGAGGGUUCUGGAGGUCGGGGCCCUGCAAGCCGUCUUCGAGCUCGAGCGGAUUCUGAACAGGUUUCUGGAAGAAAAUGCUGAUCCUUCUGCCUUCGAAAUUCAGGAAGAGUUAGAAAAGUACACAGCUGAAAUAGUACAGAACAACCUGCUGGGGUCCCAGGGUGCACAUGUGAAAAAUGUGUGUGAGAGCCGGAGCAAACUCAUUGCUUACUUCUGGAAGACACAUAUGACCGCCAAGCGAUGUCCCCAUUGCAAGACUGGGCGGUCAGUUGUCCGAAAGGAGCACAACAGCAAGUUGACGAUCACGUAUCCUGCCAUUGUGCACAAGAAAGCUGGGCAGCAGGACACGGAGUCGCUGGGAAUUGAGGAAUCACAGAUGGGAAAGCGAGGGUACCUAACACCAAACAGUGCACGAGAACAUCUUUUUGCCAUUUGGAAGAAUGAAGGAUUCUUUCUGAAUUACCUCUUCUCUGGACUGGAUGAUGUUGGCGUGGAGUCCGGAUUCAACCCCGCUGUGUUCUUCCUGGAUUUCAUGGUUGUACCACCCUCGAGGUAUCGCCCUGUCAAUCGCCUGGGGGACCAGAUGUUUACCAAUGGCCAGACAGUGAACCUGCAGGCUGUCAUGAAGGACAUAGUUCUGAUCCGAAAGCUUCUGGCACUGAUGGCCCAGGAGCAGAAGCUGCCGUGUGAGGUGGCACUACCCGUCACAGGAGAGGAUAAAGAUACUUCAGUUGCUGUGGAUCGAUCCUUUUUAAGCGCACUUCCGGGCCAGUCCCUCACAGACAAACUUUACAACAUUUGGAUUCGCCUUCAGAGCCACGUCAAUAUCGUGUUUGACAGUGAGAUGGAUAAAUUAAUGAUGGAAAAGUACCCCGGCAUUAGACAGAUUCUGGAGAAGAAGGAAGGCCUGUUCCGCAAGCACAUGAUGGGAAAGCGAGUGGACUACGCGGCUCGUUCAGUCAUCUGCCCAGACAUGUACAUCAACACCAACGAAAUCGGAAUUCCCAUGGUGUUUGCCACAAAACUGACUUACCCUCAGCCGGUGACUCCCUGGAACGUGCAGGAAUUGAGGCAAGCAGUCAUCAAUGGCCCCAACGUGCACCCAGGGGCCUCCAUGGUCAUCAACGAGGAUGGCAGUCGCACAGCUCUAAGUGCGACGGACGUGACCCAGCGGGAGGCCGUGGCCAAGCAGCUCCUGACACCAGCUACAGGGGCACCCAAGCCCCAGGGGACAAAAAUCGUGUGCCGGCACGUGAAGAAUGGGGACAUUCUCCUACUGAAUCGGCAACCCACCUUGCACAGACCCUCCAUCCAGGCCCACCGUGCCCGCAUCCUACCUGAAGAGAAAGUCCUGCGGCUCCACUAUGCCAACUGCAAGGCCUAUAAUGCUGACUUUGAUGGAGAUGAGAUGAAUGCCCACUUCCCCCAGAGUGAGCUGGGCCGGGCCGAGGCCUACGUCCUGGCCUGCACUGAUCAGCAGUACCUUGUUCCCAAGGAUGGCCAGCCAUUGGCAGGACUGAUCCAGGAUCACAUGGUUUCAGGUGCAAACAUGACGAUUCGGGGUUGUUUUUUCACCCGGGAACAAUAUAUGGAGCUGGUGUACCGAGGACUCACAGACAAAGUCGGGCGUGUGAAGCUCUUGCCUCCAGCCAUUCUGAAACCCUUUCCACUGUGGACAGGAAAGCAGGUUGUUUCAACGCUGCUCAUAAAUAUAAUCCCAGAGGACCACAUCCCACUGAACUUGUCUGGGAAGGCAAAAAUCAGCGGGAAAGCCUGGGUUAAAGAAACUCCUCGACCUGUUCCCAAUUUUGACCCCAACUCGAUGUGUGAGUCCCAGGUGAUCAUCAAGGAAGGGGAGCUGCUCUGCGGAGUGCUGGACAAGGCACACUACGGGAGCUCUGCCUACGGCCUGGUGCACUGCUGCUAUGAGAUCUACGGGGGCGAGACCAGCGGCAAGGUCCUCACCUGCCUGGCUCGCCUCUUUACCGCCUACCUGCAGCUCUACAGGGGCUUUACCCUGGGUGUGGAAGAUAUUUUGGUUAAGCCAAAGGCAGACGUCAGGAGACACAGGAUCAUUGAAGAAUCCACCCAGUGUGGGUCCCGGGCUGUCAGAGCUGCACUCAACCUGCCAGAAGCCGCGUCGUGCGAUGAGGUCCGAGAGAAAUGGCAGGAUGCCCAUCUGGGCAAGGACCAGAGGGACUUUAACAUGAUUGAUCUGAAGUUCAAGGAGGAAGUGAACCAUUACAGCAAUGAGAUUAACAAGGCAUGCAUGCCUUUUGGCCUGCACAGACAGUUCCCCGAGAACAACUUGCAGAUGAUGGUGCAAUCGGGAGCCAAAGGUUCGACUGUGAACACAAUGCAGAUCUCAUGCCUGCUGGGCCAGAUCGAAUUGGAAGGUCGGAGACCUCCGCUGAUGGCAUCUGGCAAGUCACUGCCCUGCUUCGAGCCUUACGAGUUCACCCCCAGAGCUGGUGGCUUUGUCACCGGGAGAUUCCUCACUGGCAUCAAGCCUCCCGAGUUCUUCUUCCACUGCAUGGCGGGGCGAGAGGGCCUGGUCGACACCGCUGUGAAAACCAGCCGCUCCGGCUAUCUCCAAAGGUGCAUCAUCAAGCACCUGGAAGGACUGGUCGUCCAGUAUGACCUGACGGUGCGUGACAGCGACGGCAGCGUGGUGCAGUUCCUGUAUGGGGAGGACGGCCUGGACAUCCCCAAGACACAGUUCCUGCAGCCCAAGCAGUUCCCCUUCCUGGCCAGCAACUAUGAGGUCAUAACGAAAUCGAAGCAUCUCCAUGAGGUUUUAGCCAAAGCAGAUCCUAAGAAAGCUCUGCGCCACUUCCGAGCCAUCAAAAAAUGGCAAAGCAAGCAUUCCGGCCCCCUGCUGAGGACUGGUGCCUUCCUGCGCUACUCUCAGAAAAUCCAGGCGGCCGUGAAAGCCCAGAACCUCGAGGGCAAGAACCAGAACGGCCGCAGCCCGGAGACUCAGCAGAUGUUGCAGAUGUGGUAUGAGCUGGAUGAGCAGAGCCGAAGGAAAUACCAGAAGAAAGCAGCCCCUUGUCCUGACCCCAGCCUGUCCGUCUGGCGCCCAGACAUCUACUUGGGGUCUGUGUCUGAAACAUUUGAAAAAAAGGUUGAUGACUACAGUCAGGAGUGGGCAGCUCAAGCAGAGACGAGUUAUGAGAAAUCGGAGCUUUCUCUGGACAGGUUGAGGACCCUGCUGCAGCUGAAGUGGCAGCGCUCUCUGUGCGACCCGGGCGAGGCCGUGGGCCUGCUGGCUGCCCAGAGCAUCGGAGAGCCCUCCACACAGAUGACCCUGAACACUUUCCACUUUGCUGGCAGAGGCGAGAUGAACGUCACGCUGGGCAUUCCAAGGCUGAGGGAGAUUCUCAUGGUGGCCAGCGCCAACAUCAAGACACCCAUGAUGAGCGUGCCGGUGCUCAACACCAAGAAAGCCCUGAAGAGAGUGAAAAGCCUGAAGAAGCAGCUCACCAGGGUGUGCUUAGGGGAGGUAUUGCAAAAAGUUGACGUCCAGGAGUCCUUCUGUAUGGGAGAAAAACAGAACAAAUUCCGGGUGUACGAGGUGCGGUUUCAGUUCCUGCCACACGCAUAUUACCAGCAGGAGAAGUGCCUGCGACCUGAUGACAUCCUGCGCUUCAUGGAAACAAGAUUCUUUAAACUUCUGAUGGAAUCCAUCAAAAAGAAGAAUAGCAAAGCCUCAGCUGUCAGAAGCGUGAACACUCGGAGAGCGACACAGCGGGAUCUAGAUGACUCUGAGGAGUCGGGGAGGAAUCGGGGAGAACAGGAAGGUGACGAGGAAGAGGACGGACACAUCGUGGAUGCUGAAGCUGAGGAGGGGGAUGCGGAUGCGUCUGACGCCAAACGCAGGAAGAAGCAGGAGGAGGAGGUCGAUUAUGAGAGUGAAGAAGAGGAGGAGAAGGAGGGAGAAGAAAAUGAAGAUGAGGAUGCGCAGGAGGAAGGGAAUUUCCAGAGUGAAGGUGCCCACAAGACACAGGAGCCGGACAACGAUGAGGUGGGCUCCGGCGCCGAGGACGACUCGCCCCAGAAGCGCCCCUACAGCCAGGAGCCCCGGGGAGCCAAGACCGUGGAGCGCCGCGUGCAGGCCGUGCGAGAGGCCCACGCCUUCAUAGAGGACUACCAGUACGACACCGAGGAGAGCCUGUGGUGCCAGGUGACCCUGAAGCUUCCUCUGAUGAAGAUUAACUUUGACAUGAGCUCCCUGGUGGUGUCCUUGGCCCACAGCGCUGUGGUCUACACAACCAAGGGCAUCACUCGGUGCCUCCUGAACGAAACGACCAACAGGAACAAUGAGAAGGAGCUCCUGCUCAGCACAGAAGGGAUCAACCUGCCGGAGCUGUUCAAGUACGCAGAGGUUCUGGAUCUGCGCCGCCUCUAUUCCAAUGACAUCCAUGCCAUGGCCAACACGUAUGGCAUCGAGGCCGCGCUCCGUGUGAUCGAGAAGGAGAUCAAGGACGUGUUUGCCGUGUACGGCAUUGCGGUCGACCCUCGCCACCUCUCCCUGGUGGCUGACUACAUGUGCUUCGAGGGUGUGUACAAGCCCCUGAAUCGCUUCGGGAUCCGGUCAAACUCCUCGCCUCUGCAGCAGAUGACUUUCGAAACGAGCUUCCAGUUUCUGAAGCAGGCCACCAUGAUGGGAUCCCAUGACGAGCUGAGGUCCCCUUCAGCCUGCCUUGUGGUCGGGAAGGUCGUCAAGGGCGGCACGGGCCUAUUCGAGCUCAAGCAGCCCCUGAGAUAGCCCCGUCUGCUCGGCCUGGGGGACCCGGGUGUGGACACCGCCGGCCUGGCCUCAGCUCCAGAGGACCAGGAGACCUGAACCAUGGGCACUUCCAAGUGACAGGGCAGGGCACCGCAGUGACUAGGCUCCUUGGCCUGGGCUGGCUUCCCCAGGAAGUGACGGCUUUGCUCAUCUCUGCCCCUCGUGUCUCAGGAUUAUUAACAAGGAUCUCCAAGUCCCCUCCGAGGUGGCCGCGGCUUCCCCUGUGCUGCAAGAGGCCUCAGUGGCAAAAUCGCGAAGGCCUGGGGCUGUUCACCAGGAAGAAGAAGGGGAGCAAUGCUUCACUGUUGGGGCCUCCCCGUACCCCAGCGUAGGGAAGCAAGGCCUCAUCGCUGUGAGCAGCCAGGGCUGGCAGCGGGAUUCCAGGGGCUCCUGAUGAGGAGGACAGCACGCAGCCUGCUGUCCUGUGGCCUGUUCGUCCCAACCGCAUCCCUGGAGCAGAGUCCCCACCCGAGGCUUCUCCCCUGGGCUGCGUGUGGGGUGGCACAGUCCUCCACCGCCCCAAUCUCUGUCCCUGGGGCAGGGUCCUGGCCCUGCUGCCCUGUGCCUGAGCUUCCCUGCCCCUGUGGAGGCUCUUUUGGGGGGCCCCAGCAGCUCACUGCCACCCAGAAAACCCCGGUGACCACUGGGACCGCUGUGUGCCUGGCUGCCCCUGCUCUGCCCGCAGUUCAGCAUCAAGGCCUGUGUUCCUCCCCAUAAGCCCUACCCUGUGUGGGGUGGCCAGGGCUCCCUGUACCAGUUGCCCCAGCGUGAAAAGCAGAGACUUGUACAAAGGCUCUGUGAAGCCAGAGGCUGCUGCUGUUUUUGUCUGAUGUUACUCCUGCUCAGGCUUAGUGAUAAACAUCACCGGAGCUAACUGCUGAGAGUCAAGACUUGGGUUUUGUUAGCCUUUUCCCCUUGGUUUGCAGUUUCUGCCAUCCUCUUUCCCACAGUGGCCAUACCGUUUACAUUCCUACCAACAGUGCGCGAGGAUUCGAAUUCCUCUCUCCUGGGUCUUUGUGUUUUUUUUUCUCCCACAAUAGCCAUCCUAAUGGGUGUGAAGUGGUUCCUCAUGGUGGUUUGAUUGGGGCUGUGUUUUAAUUGCAUGUUGGGGCCCUUACGUAGGCUGCACCUGCCGAGACUCAGGAAGCACUUGGCCAUUGCUUACCAAUCUUAAUGUUUUUGAGUUUACGGUUGAGUUGGGUUCUCUAAGAGUCUGGAAGGCACCCCGGAAACAGGAAAGUCUGUCCCUUAAAGUCUGCUUGGGUAGAUUUAUCCAUCAGUGAGUCCCCCUCUUUGGAGAGGCAGCCCAUCCUGGAGGUAACAGACUGGACCUACUGCCGGCCUCUCGAUCCCGGGACAAUCUUACUUGAACCCCAGUCACCAAAACAGCUGCAGUGAGCAACAUCAGAUGUUCCCAUGCCAACCACCACCACCCACUUUUUCCCAAGUCCACUCGGAACAGGGGGCUGUGCUUGAGCCCCUGCCACCCACAGGGGUGACAUGGAUGGAAUUCUGGGCUCUGUUGCAGCCAUCUGGGGAGUGAACCAGCAGAUGGACGGUCUCAUUCUGACUCCCCCCUCUGUGUCACUCUGCCUUUCAGAUAAGUAAAUCUUAAAAAAACAAAAACAAGGCCGGUGCCGUGGCUCAAUAGGCUAAUCCUCUGCCUGCGGCGCCGGCACACCAGGUUCUAGUCCCGGUCAGAGCGCCGGAUUCUGUCCCGGUUGCCCCUCUUCCAGGCCAACUCUCUGCUAUGGCCUGGGAGUGCAGGGAUGGCCCAACUGCUUGAGCCCUGCACCCUAAUGGGAGACCAGGAGAAGCACCUGGCUCCUGGCUUGGGAUCAGUGCGAUGCGCCAGCUGCGGCGGCCACUGGAGGGUGAACCAACGGCAAAGGAAGACCUUUCUCUCUGUCUCUCUCUCACUGUCCACUCUGCCUGUCAAAAAAAAACAGAGGCUGUCAGUUCUGCAGAUUGCAACCACCUGGGAAGCUUCUCAAAGGCUGGUUCCAGGGCCUUUCCCAGAUGUUCUGAUUUAAUUAACCAAUUGAACUGCUUGUUGAUUGAAUCGGAGGAGGCGUUAAAGCUCUCAGGAGAGUCAAGUGUGAAGUGGGAAUCCACGAUCAUGGUCACUUCCUAUGUGGGGAUUUCUCAGGUGGUGAGUCACCGGCCCUAGGUUUCUGCAGUAGGACUCUGAGCCGUGUGUAUGCGCACCUGUGCAGCAAAGCUCUCAUGGUGCCUUGUAGAUUUGUGAUUGCCUAUUAAUGAGCCUGAGUCUCUCUUCCUAUAUUUAUUUUUUUAUUUAUUCUGACUUGCACUGCUGAGAUUUGCCCAUUUUUCUAUUAGGGUGUACUGUUGUGUGUAUUGUUUUAGGUUUUAAUUUUAUUAAAAAUUGAUUUUCCUUUUAUUUGGAAACCAGAGGAAUACAGAUACCCCAUCUGCUGGUUCAUUCCCAAAUGCACACAACAGCCAGGCCUGGGCCAGGCUGAAGCCAGGAGCCUGGGACUCAGGAUCUCCCUUGUGGAAGUGCUUGAGUAAUCUUGCCUCCCAAGGUACGCAAGAAAAGGAAGCUGCAUCAGAACUGGAGUAGCCGGAACUCAAGCGAGGUCUUCCAAUAGGAGAUGUGGGUGUGCCAAGCAGGACCUUUUUUUUUUUUUUUUUUUUAAGAUUUCAUUUAUUUGAAACACAGAAUUACAUUCAGAAAGAGGGGAAGAUGGAGAGGUCUUCCAUCCCCUGGUUCACUCCCCCAAAUGGCUCCAAUGGCUGGAGCUGAGCCGAUCUGAAGCCAGGGGCUUCUUCUGGUUCUCCCACAUAGGGGCAGGGGCUCAAGGAUUUGGGCCAUCUACUGCUUUCUCAGGCCGUAGCAGAGAGCUGGAUCAGAAGAGGAGCAGCCUGGACAUGAACCAACACUGUGCCACAGCGCCACUCCCAAGCAGCAACUUAACUUCUAAACACCAGCCCCUGUUGAUUUUUAUAAAUCAUUAUUAGAGAUAACCUUUUAUCAUCUGCAUUGAAUAGAACAAUCCCCUCUUAGCUGUGGUUUCCCAUUCUGUGGCUUUAGUUACCCACAAUCAACCAAGGAAACCUCCCGCCAGCCGAAGGAACCUCCAAAAGUCUGUGAAAACAUGGGGCUAAAAUUAAGUUUAUUGGGGCCAGUGCUGUGGUGUAGUGGGUAAAGCCGCCACCUGCAGUGCUGGCAUCCCAUAUAGGCGCUGGUUUGAGGCCCGGCUGCUCCACUCCACAUCCAUCUCUCUGCUGUGGCCUGGAAAGAGUAGAAGAUGACCCAAGUGUUUGGGCCUCUGCACCCGCAUGGGAGACCCGGAAUAAGCUUCUAAUUACUAGUGUCUGGCUUCAGAUCAGCUCAGUUCCGGCCGUUGCAGCCAUUUAGAGAGUGAACCAAUGGAUGGAAGACCUCUCUCUCACUGCCUUUGCUUCUCUGUAACUCUGCCUUUCAAAUAAAUAAGUAAAUCUUAA